UUAGCCCGGCAUAUGAAUUUCAUUUUCUAUGCAAUUUAAUUUGUAUUGUUGCAUUUGAUUUUAUAAAUAGUUGUAAUAAUAAAAUAAAACGUAUGCAAUUAAAAAAACACACACAACAAAAAUGUAACUAAAAGAAAAGUGUAAAAACAACAUCGAACACGGAAUUUAAUCAAUGAGUGCUUGCUUCUCCCAGACGAGGUUAAUCAUACAUAUAAAUACUACAAAGUUGAAAAGUCAUCUAUUAACAUUCCCUGACAAAACUUCAAAUAAUAACGCACAAAUCCACAACAAAUACUAAAAGAUGUAAUUAUUUCCUUAUAAAAUCGUUAACUGCCAGCUAAAGAAAAAAACAAUAAAGCUAAAAAAUUGUUAUUAUUCUAAAAUACUGAAAAAUCUAUAAAAUACUCGAUAAAACUUAAGCUACAUCUAAAAAUACCCGAAAAAAGUGGAUAUCAAUCAACAAGAAAAGAAAUAAAAACUCAACCAGAAAUUCAAAUUCUAAUUGACCAAAUAAAACUAUGUAAAUUAAAUAAAUGAAUCAAUCUUUUGCGAAACAACAAAGUCAUUAUUGCUGCAAACAGCAGAGAAGUAUAUUAAUGAUAAUAAUGAUGUUAUUUUUAUGAAAACACAACAGCUAAAAGGAAUUUUAUUCAUAUUUAGAAAGCAAAAAAAAAAAAAAAAUAAAUAAAUAAUUAAAAUGCGUAUAUGAAUAUGUAUGCAUGUAUGUGUUAGAAACAAUGGCCAACAGCUGUUGAAUGUCUUUUUAAUUUAAAUAAUUAAACAAGAAAAACUAGUGAUCAACCAACGAAGCAACAAACAAACAUAAUAAAUAACAACUAGAACCAAACGUACGAACACAGCCAGCCAAACUGUAACAAUUAAAACUAAGCAUCAACAAUAUAUUAAUAUAUACAUACAAACAAACACAUAAAAAUAAGCUGCCAAUUGCAAUUUGUUGUUGCAUACAUAUGUACAUGCUUUCACCAACAACAUUUCAAAUGACGAAUAGGCCCUCAACAUCAUCAACAUUUACGAAAUCUUCUUAUACUAUAAAUAAUUUAUUUGUAUUUUACUGCAAUUACAACAGUUCUAACGAUACAAACAAAAAUACUAACAACAAUAUUAAUAAUAUCAACAACAAAUUGUCAAAAUUAAUUAUUAAAUCAUUGUGGUGGCUAUUCUUGCAACAUCAUUGUGAUUUUCUUAAUAUUUUACAAAAGCCCUCAAAGCAGUCUCUUCUACAUAAUUAUUUUAAUACUACAGCAAUUCAACAAGAGAAAAAUAAAAAUUCUAAUACAAUUAAAGCCGUUAAUUUAAAUUUACUUUUAACACCUUUCGUAUUAUUCGUAAACAUCGUCAUAUCUAACAACAGCAACAACACAAAAACCAGCUGACUAUGAAUAAACGUACCGUUAUAAUUGUGGCUCUUGUGAGCGUCCUAUGCUUGGGCAUUGGUGGUAAUUUUUAUUUUAUGUAUUAUUUAAAUAAUACCGAAGCACCACUAUCCAGCACACGUGCCUUAGAAAAUGUUAUACGUUCAAAGAUACGUCAUCUGAAGCCAGCCUAUUUAAAUCGUAAUCCUCGUUUCUUUAUGUAUCGCAAUAAAUUGUUGAAGAACUAUAAGCCAGCGUCGUAUGAAAAUGCUUCUGUUUUAUGGGAUAUUGCUAAUUGGUGGCCUCAUGAAAACGAAAUAUAUCCACAAUAUGAUUCAUCCAUGGGUCAACUACUGCAAACAUUACGUUUAGAACCAAUUACAAAAGUUAGCAAUUUGGCAAGAGGCACACAGCUAAAACUACUGGUGCGUUUGUCGAAUCAACAAAAGGUCAUCUUUAAACCACAAUGGUAUCCACGCGAUAUUGUCAUCGAAGGUCCAGUCUAUGGUGGCAAAGAUCGCCAUGUGGCCGAAGUGUAUGCCUUUUAUCUGGGUGCAGUUUUAGACUUUCGCUGGACUCCAAUUGUUGUGGGACGAGUGGUGAAUUUAAAAACGGAGAUUUAUGAAAAAGGCGAUACAGAAUUACAAAAUACCAUGACCAUGACGGAGGGUGAAAACGGUACCGAACAGUAUUGUCUAUUUGGCAAAUGUCACUACUGCAAUGAAGAGGAAACUGUGUGUGCAGAUGAAAAUAAUAAUAUUGAAGGUGUUUUAAUAUACAUAAUACCGGGCCAACUAGCCAAGAGGCGUUCACCCUGGCAGAGGACUUAUAAAGAAGAUAAAAGGGCACCUUGGGAAGAUGACAUGAACUAUUGCAAGAGUUUAAAAGGCAAAUUGGAGACUGAAAGACUUUUAGAUUUAAUCGAUGUUGCCAUAUUUGACUAUUUAAUACAAAAUGGUGAUCGCCAUCACUUUGAAACACGCGAAGAACGUGUGGUGUUAAUAGAUAACGGUAAAGCAUUUGGUAAUCCCAACAAGGAUCAUUUGGAUAUAUUGGCACCCCUCUACCAAUGUUGUUUAUUACGUGCAUCUACCUGGGAACGUUUACAAGUGUUUUCGGGAGGCGUUCUUACUGAACUGGUCGAUCGUUUAACAAAAGCCGAUGCCUUAUAUCCAUUAAUAACUGACAAACAUAAACGUGGCGUAGAACGACGCCUGUUAGUCGUAUAUGCAGUGGUUGAGUACUGCAUGGACCGUGAAGGUGAAAAGAUGUUUAAAAAUUUAUAAAACUAGAAAUGCUCUACUAUCUUUCUUCCUCCAUUUAAAUUUAAGCAUAACAUAUCAGUACUUUUUAAGUAACAGAAAAGACAAUUAUUUUAGAGCCUGAUAUUUUUAAGUCUCCACUCUUCACUCACUAAGAUUUUAAUGAAAGUAUUUACAAUGUAAAGUGAAGUUAUAAAAUAAGGCUUUUAUUAUUUCCUACAUUGUUAGGUUUUAUAACUAAAUCGUUUCUGUUUUAGAUUUUUAAUUAAUUAUUUUUAAGUAGUCAAUUGUGUUAAUAGAUUUUUAAGUAUGCAGCAUUUUGGUUUAAAUUCAUUUUGUUAUAUUAUUAGCCAUCAUUCCUUUUGCUUUUUUUACACAAUCUGCCAUCCUCGAUGACUCCUUACUUUGGUAAUAACAAAACUAUAACAACAUACAACAUCAUAAUGAGCAAACUAAAUACAUCAAUAUAAGUAUAACGUGGAAGUUUUAUGCUAUUGUUAUUAAAUUUUAAAAUUUCUUUCUUUAUUUUUGUCUAUUAUAUUUUUUAUAUAGAAUUUUUCUAUAUAAAAUUUAAUUAUUCAAUUAUACAAAAACUCGCAAAGCAUUUGAGAUAUUUCAAACGACUAAUGAAUUACUAACGUUUCAUUUAAUGUUCUUAAUGUUACCAUUUAUUAUCAAAUUUCUGUCCAGAAAUGAAUUCCUAAUAAGCCUUUAAAGUAUACCACUAAAGUCACCAGAAACCCAUU